AUGGCUUCCGGCGGGUCGUCGUCGUCGUCCCGCGCGUGGACGCAGCGGCAGAACAAGCAGUUCGAGUGCGCGCUGGCGGUGUACGACCGGGACACCCCGGACCGGUGGCACAACAUCGCCCGCUACAUGGGCGGCACCAAGUCCGCCGACGAGGUGCGCCGCCACUUCGAGCAGCUCGUCCACGACGUCACCCAGAUCGAGGCCGGCCGCGUCCCCUUCCCCCGCUACGGCUACGGCAGCGCGCCGCCCGUCGCCGGCGGCGGCCUCGACGACAUGGCCGCCACCAGGUAUAUAUACCUAGUCAUCAUCAUCAACCACUUUGGCUCGUCGUCGCAGUUAGUUCGGCAGUUUGGUACGUAG